GGCUUUGCCUUUGAAGUCCAGCAUUCCAGGACGGUCUGCAGGGUGACAUAGGGAUACAAGGGGCAGAAGAUCGGGAACAAAAAGUCAGAAAGCAGCUUACACAGAACCAGAAGAAGACUGGAGGCGAAAAAUACACAACAAGAGCCCAGGAUGGAGACAGAGUUGUCAAAUACAAAAGUUUCCCAUGAUGUCCCAGGGUGUGACUGUCACGGUGCGUUUGGUUCGGUCUUUUGAGCAUCGGAACUUCCGGCCGGUGGUUUACCAUGGAGUGAAUCUGGAUCAGAAGGUGCAGGAAUUCAUAAUGCAGAUAAAUGAUGAUAUUCCUCAGAGAGCCAGUCUACCACAGCCAUUUAAGAAGCACUCAUACGAUACCCUGAAGGUUAUUCACCAGCCCCAUGGGGCCAAGACUAAUGAACUGGUGGUGGGACUGGAGGAUGACGAGAGACUGAUCCUGGCACCAGAUCGCACUCUGAGAGAUGCUGGUGUGGCCCAUGAAACAGAGCUGGCCUUCUUCUGCCACAAGGACUAUCAGAUCUACAAGGCAAAUCCAGUUUCCAAGUGGUGACACGAGCCUCCAUCAGCUAGGGACACCUCACUCAAACGUGCCUGAGCUGCCAAGCAUGGUGGGCUGCCACGCUACAGUUUAUAUUUACACCCCCCCUCCCCGGAUCCAAGUCUUCAAAAAACGUAGCUUAAAAUUUAACGCUUUCCCCAUUGAACAAACAGUUAAAACUUUCCCCCACCACUGAGACUGGGUGAAACAGCAGCAGUGAGUGUGUUGGCAUUUAUUUAAUCAGAUCUGCCCACCCCUCACUUUUUUCAUAAGGUUAUUGACUAAUAGAGCGCAUGGAUUGUAUUGAUUAUAGAAGUGCUGAGACAUCAGGAAACCAGGAAUGAAUCCCUGUGUUCAGCCCAAAGUCCAGAAUUCAUAUGUGAAGCAGUGGGACCUCUUUAAAGUGCAAUUAUGAACCUCCACAUUCGACUCCAGUAACUGGAGCUUGCAAAUUAUUGUAAUUAAAGGGCAACUCUCAUGAAA